CAGCGGCUAGUGGCAGCAGCAAUGCGUCUGCAGCGCGCGGCCGCUGCCGCCAAGACGUACGUGCUGCACCUUGGCCGCGAGACGAGCGUGCACGGCGUCAGCCACCUCGUAGCGCCCGACAGGCACCCGCUGGAAAUUGCUCUGUGGGGCUUCAGCAUAGUGGUAGCGAUUGCAGUCAGCGUAUUGCUCACAAUGAGCAGCUACAGACGGUUCCAGGAGCAACCGACUGUUGUGUCGCUGGAGAAAGACUACCAGAACUGGCAAAAUUUAUUUCCCGCAGUCACCGUCUGCUACAGAGACAGGCUCGACGAGGAAGCAGCAGCGGAAUAUAUCUCACGGAAGUGGGCCUAUGCGACUGAUAAGAAGAAUUAUUAUAUGAACUUCCUCGCAGACGUAGUGAAUAUUUCGCUGUUAAAUCUCGCAGCAUUUACGAAGUACCAGGAAGACCGCUCGCUCUAUGGCAUUGCCGGCGAAAUGAAGAGUAUCGCCACAAAAACACACAUACGCUACAAACCUUCCAAACAGUUCCGCUCCCUCCUCACGGAUAAGGAAUUUGAAAGUGUUUUCACAGAAUUUGGCUUAUGUUUCUCGCUAGCCUCUUCAAUUGCUGUAGCUUUGGAACCAAUAAAUUCGACAAAACCAAAGAAAUUUUCGGAGCCAUGGAAAUGUAACUCGGUUACUGAUCAAGUAUGCUACGGCCAUUUGCAGUUUGACAAAUUGAAGACACAGGUGCAGAUAUUCGUUCAUUCUCCGUAUGAGAUAGCAGCUACAGGUACAUGGUUCCACUAUCUGGAAGGAAAGAGAGUCGUGAGCGCCGCGUUCAAAAACUUCCAGCUGGUAUCGUCACCUGAAGUCCUGGAAUUAUCUGUUCGACAGAGGGGCUGUUACUUGUAUGAUCAAAAGCGAAAUUUGCCGUACAGCGUCAAUCUUUGCAAAAUGACCUGUAGAGCGAAUUUCGCAAUGCGCUUAUGUCGAUGUGUGCCUUACUUCUACUCUACACUUGGUAUUAGACCGAUAUGUGAUGUCAAAGGUCUUGCUUGUCUUGCACCGUAUGCUAAGAACCUGGAACAUCUGACUGACAAAAAUGGUAAACCAGUCAGGUGCAAAUGUGUUAAUCCUUGUGAGACAGUUCAUUACACAGUGUCAAAAAUAAGCGAAUUAGCAAUGAAAUCCAUUGCUGGAGGUUUCAGUCUGGACGGACUUGUUUUUAAGUGGAGCAUAGCGCCAUACAACAAAUCUAGAUACAAAAGAGAAACAUUGUACACUUUUGAAGACUUACUGGUGUCUUUAGGUGGUACAGCAGCCUUGUUCCUGGGUUGCAGUUUACUUAGCGCCGUGGAACUGGUCUACUUGUUGACUCUUCGUCUCAUUUUCUUGCGCGUUCAGACUGAUCUAUCUCCAGGAAAAAGAAAAAGGAAGAAGAGGAGGCUCAAAUGGCUCGAAAACAUUACCAAGGAAAUUUAGUGAGCUGAAGCUAGUAAAUCUGGUCAUGCAGUGACGAAUAAUGAUGCACCUUUCCGAGCUUGUAACAUUUUAAAUGUAUAGACUAGUGUUUCAUUUGCUCUUUGUUGUUCGAGGUAAUUAAUCGUAAGUGCUAUGUUAUUGCAGCUACUGAUCUAAAUAAUCGUAGAUUUAACUCUGUUUAGUAUAUUACAAUGAAACUGAAACAGUUGUUUGCGUAUGAAUUUAUGAAUUCCUCUGGUUGCACCUUGUACUCUUCAAAUACAUAGACUCACUGACAUUUCGGCAGAAUCUGGGGUAAAAAUAUACCCCGAAUCCAGCUUUACGAAAAUCUGUUUUUUACAGUAACUGACACUUGUUAAUUAUUAAUGACACAAAUCACUAGGAAUGUUUGCUCUACAUCCCGGCCAUUACCAGGGUUACAAGCACAAUCUACACGACAUGUUUGGCGUGGAACGCGUCACUGUACACUUCUUGGCCGCGCGGGAUUAGCCGAGCGGUCUCAGGCGCUGCAGUCUUGGACUGUGCAGCUGGUCCCGGCGGAGGUUCGAGUCCUCCCUCGGGCGUGGGUGUGUGUGUUUGUCCUUAGGAUAAUUUGGGUUAAGUAGUGUGUAAGCUUAGAGACUGAUGACGUUAGCAGUUACGUCCCAUAAGAUUUCAAACACAUUUGAACACCCCUUAGGUUGGUAUGAUGCAGUCAGCAGCACAAGAUGCGCUAGUGACUAUUUCCUGCAUUCCUUAGAGGAAUUUCCUAGUAUAUCACGUAUCGGGCAUCCAGCUACUAUUUCAACGCGCUUUGCCCAAAAAAGCUUAUGGUUCUUGUGAAAUUUCUUGGAAAACUAUGAACUUACCAUUAUUGUUCUCCUGGUCUUAUUUUGUCGAGUAAUGAAAACAGUGAAAACACAUUUUUAUUGAACAGCAAUAUCAGUAGAGAAGAAAAUGUCUUUUCCUCAAAGCAAUCACAUCACAAUUGCUUAUUAUUUUGGUGAUUUUAUUUAUUUACGUUCUAGCUUUCUGACAGCAACUUCGACAGCCUAGGCAUAUGUCACAUAUAUUUCACAGGUGCCUCUAUGUUUAACACCAUAGAGGACGUUAAAUAUAUUCAGCAGUGUGACAUUACCUUCAGCACUGAAACGCGCUGCCAGAAUUACUGGAUCGCUGCAGUGUCCGUUCUCACGAACUGCUUCACGCAUUGAACAACAAAAAUAAGAGACAGAGUGCGUUUCAUCCCUCUAAAGUGUUCCAAGUAUACUAAUUACAGAAAAGAAGCACCAACAGUUCGUUUCCAACAUCUUUGCAUGUCACUCAUUGUCGUACCCACCCCCAUCCCUAAGGGCAGUAUAGAUGUCUUACUGACACAGUACUUUCGUACGUAGAAUGGGUCACAUUUGUCUAUACCAAAUUUAGUUGAAAUCACUACAGGCGUUCUUGUGUUGUACUUUAAUGUGACACCUUUUCACCCCCAUCAUCACCCAUAUGGGUGCUAGGGCUGUCUUACUGUCACAGUAAUUUUUUCCAGAUACUAAGUGAUACCUAUGUCAAGAUUUGAAGAAAUUGCUUAAAAGAUAUAUCGCUGUGUUUACACUCCGAGUCCCACCCCUAGAGGUGAAAAUUGAUCAAGACUGUCAUCAAUGAGCUUUGUAUCUCUGAAAACUAAGAAAUCGAUAAUAACAUCGGUUGUUACGGAAUCUUUUUAUAUUCCAUGGCUUGUCGCCUCCAGCGCCAGGGGUGCUUUGGUACAUUACCCCCCUACCCCAGUAUUUUUAUACAAGUAAAGAGUCAUUCACAAAUAUAAUUUGGUUGAAAUUGUUUCAGACGUCACCUUCCUGUUCACUCCCACGCCUGCGGGAUGUAGAUGGCUCUUACCUCCAUAACGCUUCUUUCCAUACUGCGAUAAAUCAAGUUUGGUUGAAAUCAGGCUAGUGCUUUAGAAGGAGAUGUGAAUCGCAUAUACAUGCAAUGAUUUUUAUAAAUGUGUGUAUUUUUGUUCCAAUGAGCCUCUAACUCUAUCUACGAUAUCUGACUCAGAACUGUUAAAACAAAAGAAAAAAGAAAAAAACAAAAACACUGUAUCUGUGGCGUCAGGAGUAUUCAUGUGCGUCUAUGCGUCUAACGUAAUGAACUAAAGACAGUUCGUUAACUCGAUAUAAUCUUUUCACACCUUACGCGUGGAACAUCUUUUGUAGGAGGGAGACAAAAAGGUAAUUAAGAACUAUAAUUUCUUGUUUUACGAAACCGAAUUUGAUGAAGACACUAGACUCAUAUUUUGAAUAAUGGACAUUCAUGCCCUGUUCUUCCAUCCUGAUAUAGGUUUUCGGUGGGUGCCCUGAAUCCCUUAAGGUAAAUGCCAGGGUGGAUCCUUUGAAAGAUUGUGGUGGAUUUCUUUUCUUAUCCUGUGCUACGUCUCCGAUGACUGAGUCGUUUGCGAGACGCAAAACCACAACGGCUUUUUAUUUUUCUUCAUUUUUCAUCUUCGCCAUUCACAUACAGUGUACGAAGCAACAUGCACAGAGCCUACCAUGCGAUUCUCUUCCAUUCGUGGACUUUUAUGACUAUCAAAUUUAUAGGAUGAAAUCAGCAAAUGAUAAUAUGUUUGCUAAAUGAAGCAUGCUGUUAAUUCUAUGUAAACAAUUUUCAAAACUUAAAUGUCAUUUUAAGAUAGGAUUGUAUUGCACUAACAAGCUCUCAAAACAGAUAAUGGUUCCGCAAUAAAUUAACCUUAGCAAUGACUGGUUGCUGGAUUUUUCUCCUGAACUGAAAUGCCUGUUUUAUAUAUCCGUUAAGACUGCAUAUCUGAUAAGACUGCACUGUACCCAUCGCAACGCUGGGCCAAGGAAUUUUCCAAUUCUUAGCUUGAUUAUACUGAAAGAAAAUGUGUAAUUGCAACAUAAAAAUGCCUUAUGAGCAAAGAUUUCUGUGUUAUUGAAAGGUUUAUCAAAAUACGACUGUAAAAUAAAAAAAACAGUGUUAUUUGUUAGGAGUCACUGAUCUAUUAUUGUAAAACAAUGAUAAAAAUAAGAAAUUAGAAAUAAAUUAUGUUAAUUUCUCUAUUUACAGGACAACCAUGAAACCUCAUUGUCCAGAAUUGCUAUGUUCAAUAAAAACAAUACCAAUCACCGUUA